AUGGCUGACGAUGAUUUCGACGAGGAACUCCUCGCCGAACUCGGAUUGGGCGACGACGCGGCCGAGAAGGUGCGCGAGACGUAUUCGCGCUUAUUCGGCGGCGGCGCGCCGCGCGGCGACGGCAAACGCGUGCUGGAUGCCGCCACGACGGCGAGCGCGUUAGCCGCGACGCGAGGCUUGAACCGCGACGUUCAAGAGCAGAUUCUCGAGAGCGCGCGCGCGGACAUCGUCGUCGGCGCCGAUCGGUGCGCGAAUAUGUCGUGCGCGAAGGCUGGGGAGAAGAGGUGCGCGCGGUGUAGGGCGGUGCGGUAUUGUUCAAAGGAGUGUCAGCACGCGGAUUGGAAGCGACACAAGACGUCGUGCGCGGCUAUCGAUGGUUCGACAGAGGCGACGGGGCGACGCGCGGGAGCGCCGGCGUUUCAAACGGCGCAAUUGUCAGCGCAAUCGAUGUUGGAUACCUUUAUGGCGGCUGAAACUGGCGGGUGGUACGGUGGCGUUUCGCGCGAGCGCGUGUACGAGCGCCUGGUGGUGUCGUUUUGCUUGCGCGUCGCGGACGAACAUACAUUUGCGGGGAACGUCGUGGGUGUCAUUCGCGCCUCGUUCGCAGGUGAAGAUUUGGAUGAUCCAGCGACCACGACUGUUAUGGAAGAGUUCCGCAAAUAUGUCGAGUGCGGAAAGACUAAAGGCUAUUUACCCAAGGACUGGUCGGCUGACGACGACGUUAAAGUGUGCGAAUUCGCCGCGAGGCGACAUGGCGUGUGUACUCUUUGGGAAAAGGAAGACGUCGUCGAAAAAUAUGGAUACGCCAGUAGCGAACACAUCGUAUUGCGCCGGCUCGCCGAAAGCUUUCUUGGUCCCAUCGGGCGCUGGGUGCCAGGCCACGAUGACUCUAGUACCGAAGAUGACUCUAGUACCGAAGAGUAA